AUGGCCACUCGAAGGGCCUAUUCUAGAAGGAAUGUGGGAGAGAAUGUGAAUCAAGAGGCUCCUCCUCAAGCUCCUCAAGUUUCGGUCGACGCAAGUGACCAAUCCGGAGUUGAGGGUUUCUUUGGCUCAAGCCAUGACAGCUUAAGCCAAUUAAUUCCCCUUGAGAAGAAAGGGGCAAAGAUGCUCGAAUUCAUCAACCUUCAUCAAGGACAUAUGAGUGUGAAGGAAUAUUCUUUGAAUUUCACACAAUUAUCUCGAUAUGCUCCAACUAUGGUUGCCAAUCCUAUGGCAAGGAUGAGUAAGUUCGUUACGGGGGUGUCCGAGAUGGUGGUUAGGGAAUUUCGUACCAUUAUGCUUAUCAAUAAUAUGGACAUUUCUCGUCUCAUGGUUCAUGUCAAACAAAUCGAAGAGGAGAAACUUAAGGAAUGGUCUAAAGAGGCAAAAAGGGCUAAGAUCGGUGAUGGUAAAUUCUCACACACAAAGUCCAGUGGACAUGAUCUUCCUAAGUCCGACAAAGGUUUUCCGGCCAAGAGUGGUAAUAAGAUGAGGGAUUACCCAAUGCUUGCGGCUAAAGGGAGAGAAGGUAAACAAGCUCCGUCUAGUGGUUUCGGUUCUAGUGCCGCAAAGCAAAACUGA